AUGAUAAAAGGAUCAAGUAUGGUUUUAAAAGAGCUCUCAAGUGGAGCUUUAAGAAGAGGAUCAAAGGAAUUUAUUUCAAAUGUACAAAGAAGAAAUUCAAUUUGUGGACCAUGUAUUGGACUCGAUUCAAAGCAAUCACUAACUUCAACAUCUAAAAUGUUUUCGGAUGAUUCAAUUGGUUCAAUUUUAGAAAAUUCGACAAAUAUUCAAGAUUUUCAAGAUAGUUUUCAAAAACCUCAACCAUUUCCAGUAAGAAAUAAUUCAAUUUCUGGAAUUAUAAAUUCAAUAAAGAAUGAAAAAAUAAAAAAUUUAAAUCCAUUAACUUUUCAAAAUAAUGGAAUUGUAAAUAAUGGAAUGUACGAUAUGAAUAGAAGAUUCUCAAUUGACCCUCUUUCAAUGAGUUCAAAAAGAGAGACUAAUAAUAAUAAUAAUUUAUUUCCAAAUGGAAAUUUAGGAAAAUUUAAAUCUUUUAAUCUUGAUGAAAGUUUUAUUGAAUUAGAAGCAGAAUCAACAUUUAAUAAUGUUUGGGGUGAAUUAGUAACAAAAUAUGGAUUAGAGAAUUUAGAAUUCCCAAAAGAGAUAACAUUUUUAGCAGGAGCACCUGGAUCAGGUAAAGGUACGAAUACAGAAGUUUUAAUGAAUGCAUUAGGAGUUAAUGAAGAACCAAUUGUGAUGAGCUCAUUAUUGAAUUCACCAGAAUGUAUUGAAAUAAAGAAACAAGGUGGAUUGGUUAAUGAUAAAGUUGUAUUAGAACUUUUAUUGAAAAAAUUAAGUAAACCCGAUUAUUUAUGUGAAAAUCAAGGUCCAAAGAAAGGUGUUAUCAUCGAUGGUUUCCCACGUUCUGCCAAACAAGUUAAAUUUGUAGAAUUACUCUUUGAUAAACUAGUUAAAAUUAGAAAAACAAUUAAUCCAAACGCUUCUUUACCACGUUUUAGAAUUAGUGUUUUACAUGUAAGUGAAGAAGAAUCUGUAAAGAGACAAUUAUCUCGUGGAGAAUAUGCACUUAAAGAGAAUCAAAUUAGAAGAGAUAAAAACUUACCACUUUUAGAGAUUAGAGAUACCGAUAUCGACCCAAAUGCCUCUAAAAAACGUUAUACCUUGUAUCAAGAACAAUUCAAUCAUUUAAAAUCUUUAGAAGAUAAAUUCGAUUUUGAUUUAAUUGAUGCAAAUGGUACUUUAAAAGAUGUACAAAAUACAAUUAAAACCUCUUAUGCUAAAUUACAACCACACCUUUAA